UAUAGCCACUCCGUAAAUAAAUAUAGUCACGUGUCACGUCUAACUUAGUGGACGAUGAGUUACGUGUUGUGUUGAUGCGAAAAUUCAAAAAUCCGCUUCAACGUUUACAGUUUGUUUAGUAGCGGGAAGCUCUAAAGCGGAGAACCUAGGUGCGUAACGCAUAAAUUUCCUAUUGAGGAAAAAAGCUGAUGUGUUUGAUUGGUUAGUUUCAACAUGACCUCCAUUUAUGAGUAUUCAGAAGCAGAUUUUGUUUAUAUAACACAAUGGAAUAGUGAUGAAAUGACUCACUUUGAUGAGCUAGUAAAAAAUAAGUGGCAUACCAUGCACGAAGAAGGUGGUUAUUUCAGAUACAGAUUAAAAAUGGAUGGAUCAAAAGUUCUCCCUGGAAAAUAUAAAUAUUUAGCACAGCUCAACUUGAACAGAGCUUUGCACAGAAGAAAACCAAUUGACAUGCAGAGUAUGCAACAGAAAUUCGACAAGCAUAUAUUUAACUUUACAAAAAUGGAUAAAAGAGAAAUACUAUUUGAAAUUUUGAAUAAGAACAGACAACAUAAGGGAAAUUAUUUAGCGAUAAAUGUGAGCCCCUUGGAGUUAGGCCAUUGCCUGUUGCUGCCUGCCAUGUAUAGUUGCCUGCCUCAAGUUGUUACUGCUGACGGCCUUUUGGCUGCAAUCGAGUUGUUUCUUCUGACCAAAUCACCAGCUGUGAGGAUGGGCUUUAAUGGUCUCUGUGCUCAUGCUUCUAUCAACCACUUACAUUUUCACUUUUUCCACCUUCAGCAGCAGAUGCUGUUAGAAACUGUCGAAGUAGAACACCUAGCAGGCCCCUGUUAUGUGUUAUUGUCAUUUCCCAGCCAGGGGUUUGUGUUCCAGUUGUCAAAACACACUGAUAUACAGGAAUUUGUGGGG